GUCAGUACCGCCGGCGACGUCACAGGCCCGCCCAGCCCGCCGGCGCCCGAUUGGCUGCGGCGGCUGCUGACGCGUCGCGCUUCCUCGUCUACUCCUCGUGUUCAAGCUAACUGUUCUCUUUUUUCCUUGGCAGAGAACAGGCGAUGGCGGCGCUGGCAUCUCUCGGCGCCCUGGCGCUACUGCUGCUGUCCGGUCUCUCCUGCUGCUCAGCAGAGGCCUGUGUGGAGCCCCAGAUCACCCCUUCCUACUAUACCACCUCGGAUGCUGUCAUUUCUACCGAGACUGUCUUCAUCGUGGAGAUCUCCUUGACUUGCAAGAACAGGGUCCAGAACAUGGCUCUCUAUGCUGACGUCAGUGGAAAACAAUUUCCUGUCACCCGGGGCCAGGACGUGGGACGUUACCAGGUGUCCUGGAGCCUAGAUCACAAGAGCGCCCACGCAGGCACCUAUGAGGUCCGGUUCUUUGAUGAGGAAUCCUAUAGCCUCCUGAGGAAGGCUCAGAGAAACAACGAGGACGUUUCUGUCAUCCCACCUCUAUUCACGGUCAGCGUGGACCAUCGGGGUACCUGGAACGGGCCCUGGGUCUCCACCGAAGUCCUGGCUGCAGCCAUCGGACUAGUGAUCUACUACCUGGCCUUCAGUGCCAAGAGCCACAUCCAGGCCUGAGGGUGGUGCCUGCCCCCCACCCUUGCUUCUUUGAAUAAAGAGCUAUUGGCUAUCCCAA